AUGGAGACUACACAUGCUGCUCAGUCGGAUCAUGUUACUUUAUCUGCAACUACUAUUGAUUCAAAUGACUCGUCUUCUCUGUCGCUCGCCUGUGCUGAUGCAUACCUUUUAGACCUCAACCAAGGCUCAAUCACUGUGAUGAUGCCUGUUGCUGUCAUGCGUAGAAUCAUCAACUAUUUACCGUCUGCCUGCGAUCGUUUAUCGCUUCUCUCUUUGAAUCGUCAAUGGUCACUUCUCGCUGCUGCUUCCAUAUACGCCUCACCAUUACUUGCCACGUCGCAAUCCUUUGAGCGUCUGCUUCAAUUACUUUCUUCGCCUGCAUCCACUCUCAUCCAUCCCUAUUCAUCCCUAAUAUCCACCCUAGACUUGUCCUCUUCUGCUGCUGCUGAUAGUAUCUUUAUGGGCGAUCUUGAUUUAGUUUUAUCUCGCUGUCCUCAGCUUCUGUGCUUUCGUAUGAAGCACUGCUUUCAUAUUUCAAAUAUCCUCGUGCGCUCUCUCUCUGCCAAUUGCAUAAAUCUGCGACAGGUGGACUUGCCCGGGUGUCCAAGCAUCACAGACACUUUUAUUCCUACUUUAACUACCAGUUGUCCUAAUUUAGAAAUCUUGGAUUUGGCAUUCACCAACGUCACUUUGAUUUCUCUCUAUAACAUCAUUUCAAACUGUCCAAGCAUCGUCGAGCUAAAUCUCACUGAAUGCAAACCUGCUGCUACGUCCAUAUCUAAUGAGUUGAUGCAGAUUGAUUUUAGUCGUCCAUUAUACCAUCUGAAUCUACGCAAUUCUGCCGUCACCGACACCAUCCUCAGAUUUAUUGCUAUACAUUGUCCUUCCCUUACUGAACUUAUUUUGGAAUCUUGCAUAAAUGUCACUGACAAUGGUGCCAUGAAAAUCAUCAACACCUGUCCGCUUGUCGAAGUUCUUGAUUGCUCCUUUUGUGAAAAAAUAACAGAUGUCACCCUUCAAGUUAUUGCCAUUCGUGCUUCUGCAACCAGUGGUGGCAAAUUGCAGGAAUUGCAUUUGACGGGCUGUGAUAGAAUCACACCUGCUAGCAUUUUACAACUGGUUCAAAAAUGCUCCAUGUUGGAAUUACUUGUUCUUGAUGGAUGCGAUCAAUUAUGUGGUUCGUAUAUUCAAAAUAUGGCAACGUAUCAUUCUGACGAUAUCGAGUGUACAUUUGAAAAAAAUGAUUUGAUCAAACUGGCUGGAUAUGAUCCGACUUGCUCAAGUCCAACAUCUGAACAUCUUUCUGGCACUACAGAACCCACACUCGUUUCAAAUUGCCCCACUACACCACCAUUGACUCCACCUUGCUACGCCAAACAAGAAGAUCUGCAAUACGUGGAAAAUACGUUGACUGGUUCAACAGAAAUGGGAAGAUCAUGGAAAGGAUUGCAGUCGACCAUGCCAGAACACUUUUCAUUGCAACCCUCUACAAUCACCUCGCUUGCGUAUGCCGUUACAGUCUCCUAUUCCAUAAAAACCAAUCCUGACCAUUCUGCACAUGGUUUGACUCGAGAUCCGAUCGAGUCUGUAGACUCGUCGACGUCCCAGUCUUUGAAAACCUCUCCACGUCGUACAUCGCGUGCACUCCAAUCUCGUCGUUCAACUACAAGCUUCACAGCUUCCACUGACACAUUUGAUCAAGUUGAAGCUGCACUUUACGAACGAGUAGAAAAAAUUCGUGAAAAGCGUCGGAGUGUUGCAUUGUGUACUGGAAUAACCCAUCAGUCUUUUGAACCCCUUGACGAUUUGGAUUCCAAUACAGUGACUACAGAUUCAAACCAAACUACCCGUCAGUACAAUUUGAAUUCCAAGUCUGUAUCAAAGAUUCAAGCACAACAAAAAAGUUUUAUUUCCAAACGUUCAAGCGGUACUGCUGUAAAUGGAUGGAAAUCAUCUGUAUCUACUACGAAUGAUUGUGAGACUACCAAUGAAACAAUUGCUUCAUCAAAUGAUACAGUCGAUCUCAACACUAGUGAAUCCAUCAAAAACCCUGUCGUUGCUGGAUUGGAUUCAUACACUACUGAAAUACCUGCUCAAAAUGCAUUACUUGGAUCCGGAAGACGUUCAAAAUCCAUGCGCGCUUCUGCUAUUCGUGCAGCUCCGUUUAUUCCCAUCGGAUCUCCAUCUUCUGCAGUAGUAGAUGGAACGUCCACCACAAAUAACUCGUCUGAUUCAACCAUUCAACAUAGUUGUGAUUCUAACCGACAGCCGCUCAAGAAUCACAAUACACCCACUUUGGAACAUCCACGUGAGUUGGAUUCAGGUAUGAGCGGACAGCGUACACUAUUGGCUUCUGGACGACGCAACCGUCAUUUCCGUACAGAAUCCAAUGUGGAGCAUAUUAGAGCACAUUCAAAUGAUGGUGAUACUGGCCACUGUAUGAGCACAGAUGAGCGUUCAAACAGUACGUGUGGCUGGGGUGCAGAUCCGCAAGCAUGGACAAACCCUACACUUCAUACUUCAUCAAACUCUGCCUGGCGUGUUGCAGCAGCGUCUGCUAAUUAUAACCAACGCGGCUCAUCCAAUACAGAUGCUUCUGAACCACUUUCCAUGGUUGCUGCUUCGCCUGUAUUUGUUGAUCCAUGGGGCUCAUCACAGUCUGGUUCUAGAGUAGGAAUGCCUUCUGCGCCUACAUCCCAUCGCAUGUCACUCCCUGCUGUCUCCCGAUCAUCUUGGGGAGAUACAGCUGGACACGCUACAUCCGUUUCUACACGAUUUCCCGAUGCACCUGCAGGAUGGUUACGAUCGCAAGGAAACGAAUCGUUUUCAAAACAUACACGACGCAGCUCAGUCUGCUCAUCAGGCUCUUCACACUCUUCAUCUUCUACAUCUUGGCAUAGCCGCAACAUGCAUACUCCAUCACCACCUGCUUCUGGACAUGAGCAUCGUGAUGAUCAACGUGCACCUCGACGAGGAAACCGAUCUGGUCAGCAUAAACAUUCUGGAUCUGCUGCUCACCACCCUGUUCAGCCCAAAGUGUUUGUCUACACACCUCCCAAACCACGUGGACCACUUCUUCUCAACCUACAGAUAGAAACUCCAGCUAAUGGAGUAGAUAAACCUCAGUGUCUAAGUGUACAUGCUCUUGAUGAUCCACAACAUUUAGCAGCAGCAUUUUGUGCAUUCUGGGGUAUGAUUGGGUUUACAGAAGCUCUAAGAAAAGUCAUUCUUUUACGUAAACGAAGUGUUGGACAAGGACACUUGUCUCAUAACAGACAAGGACGUACUCGACAUGAACGAGUUGAGCAAUAA